AUGAGACCAAGAGGCUUUUGGCUACAUCUCACACUGCUUGGAGCCUCCCUGCCUGUUGCGCUGGGAUGGAUGAACCUGGGAGCCAGCGGAGGAUGGAACGUGGGUGUGGAAGAGUCCCCGGCAGAGGAAUCCAGAAGCGUUGAAGUCAUAAGAAGAGAAGGACUUUCCAGCCAUGACGAGCUGCCAGCCUCCUGCGGGAAGAAGUUGUGCAGCCGCGGGAGCAGGUGUACGCUCAGCAGGGAGACGGGGGAGCCCGAGUGCCGAUGCCUGGAGGCCUGCCGGCCCAGCUACGUGCCUGUGUGUGGCUCAGACGGGAGGGUGUACGAAAACCACUGUGAGCUCCACCGGGCUGCCUGCCUGCUGGGGAAGAAGAUCGUCAUGGUCCGCAGCAAGGGCUGCUUCCUUAAAGGUGACCCGUGCACCAUGGCCGACUACGCCCGCCUGAAGAAGGUCCUUCUGGCACUGCAGAGCCGCUUGCAGCCACUCCUCGAAGGGGACAGCAGACAAGACCCCGCCUCCCAGAAGCGCCUCCUGGUGGAGUCUCUGUUCAAGGACUUCGACACAGAUGGAGACGGCCACCUCGGCAGCUCUGAGCUGGCCCAGCACGCACUGAAGGAGCAGGACCUGGAGGAGGACUUCCUGGGGUGCUCGCCGGGCGACCUCCUCCGAUUUGAUGACUACAACAAAGACGGCCUCCUGACCCUUCAUGAGUUCUACACAGCCUUCCAGGUGGUGCAGCUCAGCCUCGCCCCUGAGGAGCAGGUCAGUGUGGCCACAGUGACUGUGGGACUCAGCACGGUGCUGACCUGCGCCAUCCGUGGAGACCUGCGGCCACCCAUCGUCUGGAGGCGCAACGGGCUGGCCCUGAACUUCCUGGAUUUGGAAGACAUCAAUGACUUCGGAGAGGACGACUCCCUCUACAUCACCAAGGUGACCACCAUCCACAUGGGCAAUUACACCUGCCAUGCCUCCGGCCACGAGCAGCUGUUCCAGACCCACGUCCUGCAGGUGAAUGUGCCACCCGUCAUCCGCGUCUAUCCAGAGACCCAGGCACAGGAGCCCGGGGUGGCGGCCAGCCUGAGAUGUCACGCAGAGGGCAUUCCUAUGCCCAGAAUCACUUGGCUAAAAAAUGGCAUGGAUGUCUCAACCCAGAUGUCAAAACAGCUCUCCCUUUUAGCCAAUGGGAGCGAGCUCCACAUCGGCAGUGUUCGAUAUGAAGACACAGGGGCUUAUACCUGCAUUGCCAAAAAUGAAGUCGGUGUGGAUGAAGAUAUUUCCUCCCUCUUUAUUGAAGACUCAGCUAGAAAGACCCUUGCAAACAUUCUAUGGCGAGAAGAAGGCCUCAGUGUGGGAAACAUGUUCUACGUCUUCUCCGACGAUGGCAUAAUCGUCCUGCACCCAGUGGACUGUGAGAUCCAGAGGCACCUCAAGCCCACGGAGAAGAUCUUCAUGAGCUACGAGGAAAUAUGUCCUCAAAAGGACGGGGACGCCUCCCCGCCCUGCCAGUGGGCAUCAGCAGUGAACGUCAGGCACCGCUACAUCUACGUGGCCCAGCCCACAAUGAGCAGAGUCCUCGUGGUCGACGUGCAGGCUCAGAAAGUCCUUCAGUCCAUAGGUGUCGAUCCUCUGCCGGCUAAGUUGUCCUAUGACAAAUCACAUGACCAAGUGUGGGUCCUGAGCUGGGGGAACGUGCACAAGUCCCAGCCAAGCCUCCAGGUGAUCACAGAGGCCAGCACUGGCCAGGGACAGCGCCUCAUCCGCACACCCUUUGCCGGAGUGGAUGACUUCUUCAUUCCCCCAACAAACCUCAUCAUCAACCAUGUCAGGUUCGGCUUCAUCUUCAACAAGUCUGACCUUGCCAUCCACAAAGUCGACCUGGAAACACUGAUGCCCCUCAAGACCAUCAAGCUGCAGAGCCACGGCUGCCUGCCGCAGGCCAUGGCCCACACCCACCUGGGUGGCUACUUCUUUGUCCAGUGCCGGCAGGACAGCUCUUCUGAGGCCCCCCCGCAGCUGCUGAUCGAUAGCGUCACAGACGCGGUGGUCGGACCCAAUGGCCAGGUCACUGGCACCCCGCACACAUCCCCGGAUGGGCGCUUUGUAGUCAGCGCCGCCCCGGGCAGCCCCCAGCUGCACGUGCAGGAGAUCUCACUGCGGGGGGAGAUCCAAACCCUCUAUGACCUGAAAGUGAGCCCGGGUGUCUCAGAUGUGGCCUUCCAACGCUCCUUCACCCAGGGAGACCAGUACCAUGUCUACGCCACACUUGAGACAGAGCCAGACCUGCUGUUCCUGGAGCUGUCCACGGGCAAGACGGGCAUGCUGAAGGGCCUGAAGGAGCCCGCGCCCACAGGGCCGGCCCGGGCCUGGGGAGGGCCCCGCAGGAUCGUGAGGGACAGCGGGCUGUUCGGGCAGUACCUCCUCACGCCCACCCGGGAGUCGCUGUUCCUCAUCAACGGGAGACAGAACGCACUGCGGUGCGAGGUGGCAGGCGUGAAGGGGGGGACCACGGUGGUGUGGGUGGGCGAGGUAUGA